GCAUAAUUUAUUUAAUAAUGUGUUCUCACUUGCUAGGUGAAAAAAAUUAAAUUAUUUUCACAAUUUGGCUUUAUGCUUUGGGAGAUGAGAAUUCAAAGAGCGGCCACGGCUCAAACCUAAAACCUCAUUUCUCUCCUAUGGGCCAUGGCGGGAAAGUACGCGCACUGUUGCUUGUUCCCACCGAAUUCCCUCCCUCCAUUGUAGUUUCGACCUCUCGACCAGACCCUUCACCGCUGCCGCCCAAUAACUGCAGUGAAAUUACCAUCCAUUCAAAGCUUCAGGCUGUUUCCAGUAUGCUGCUCUUAGUUGCCUUGGUUUCUUUACUGAGUAGCAUAUUCCGUCCAGCUUCAGAAUCUUCAUUUGUGCUGUCUCUCAAACGCUUAAAGCCUUUUCCAAGUAAAAGGUUCUGUAGAAAGUAUCUGACAAUGAGUGGCAAUUCCAAUGGAUCACUUUCCAGUGGCAAGAUAUUAACUCAGCCUUCAAGUUCUUUUAGAACUUACCAAGUCGUGGUGGCUGCAACUCCUGAUAUGGGAAUAGGAAAAGACGGCAAGCUGCCAUGGAAAUUGCCCGGCGACCUUAAAUUUUUCAAAGAGAUCACUACCACAACUUUAGAUCCUAAAAAGAAGAAUGCUGUUAUGAUGGGUAGAAAAACCUGGGAAAGUAUUCCCCCUCAGUUUCGACCUCUGCCUGGUCGACUCAAUGUUAUCCUGACUCGUUCUGGAAGCCCGAAGAAUCACGAUGUUGAGAAUGUUAUUUUCUGCAAUAGUGUGCCCUCAGCUUUGAAAUUGUUGGCUGAACCACCAUAUAGUAUUUCGGUGGAUAAGGUUUUCUUGAUUGGAGGUGGUGAGAUUUUGAGGGAAGCACUUAACGCGCCUGAAUGUGAUGCCAUCCACAUAACUGAAAUCAAGAGUUGCAUUAAUUGUGACACCUUUAUUCCUCCUAUUGAUACUUCACUUUAUCAGCCAUGGUACUCAACCUCCCCUCUUGAGGAAAAUGGAAUCCCGUAUUGUUUUUCAACAUACGUGCGGUUGCAUACUAAUUCUGGCUGUGAAAUAAACUGCGACGGUCGUGCACCACCAUCCAAAAAAUUAAAAAUCUCGAAUUACACUUUCUUGCCCAAAUUUAUUUUCGAGAAGCAUGAAGAAUAUUUGUACUUAAGACUGAUUGAAGAUAUUAUUUUAAAUGGAAACACCAAAGGUGACAGAACUGGAACCGGGACUCUUUCCAAAUUUGGUUGCCAGAUGCGCUUUAACCUGCGUAAAUCUUUCCCUCUUUUGACCACCAAGUUGUUGAAGAGCUUUUGUGGUUCAUCAGUGGUUCAACAAAUGCUAAGUAUUGGAUUGACGGAAAGGGAAGAGGGUGAUUUGGGUCCAGUAUAUGGAUUUCAAUGGAGACAUUUUGGUGCCAGAUACACCAAUAUGCACGCCGACUAUGCAGGACAAGGGUUUGAUCAGUUGCUGGAUGUUAUCAACAAGAUUAAAAAUAAACCCGAUGACAGGCGGAUUAUACUCUCUGCCUGGAACCCUUCAGAUCUUAAUUUGAUGGCCUUACCACCUUGCCACAUGUUUGCACAGUUUUAUGUAGCCAAUGGUGAGCUAUCCUGCCAGAUGUACCAACGGUCGGCCGAUAUGGGUCUUGGGGUGCCGUUUAACAUUGCAUCUUAUGCGCUUUUAACAUGCAUGAUUGCUCAUGUUUGUGGUCUUGUUCCUGGUGAUUUUGUUCAUGUGAUUGGGGAUGCUCAUGUCUACAAGACUCACAUUGGCCCAUUGCAGGAGCAACUGAAAAAACAACCAAGACCUUUUCCAAUAUUGACAAUCAACCAGCAUAAAAAGGACAUUGAUUCAUUUGUUGCAGCUGAUUUUGAGCUGAAGAAUUAUGAGCCGCAUCCCAAGUUAGAAAUGAAAAUGGCGGUUUAAAACGGUUAUGAAUGGUCAGGUUUUGUUAUUUGCUGUCGAGAAUCACUGCAACUGCUAUCUCUAGUGUGUUUUUUCUUUUUAUUUUUUCGGCUAUUUCAAUCAGAUAUUAUGAAAUAUUUUUUAUAUUCUCUUUAAUUUAUUUUUUCUUGUACGGUGAUGUUUUGUUUCUUUUAACAAUGUCAAUAAGUUUUAUUAAUAUUUAUAUAUGACUGGGGGUAACUAUUUGAAAAGACCUAUCAA